AUGGAGUCAAAGGAGAAAGGUUGGUCCCACGGACGCGUCCUGUUCAUCGAUUACCACUUGGUGAAGGAGCCAACGACUGAGAAGAGGCGGAAGAAGAUUGUCGCUCAGGAGGUUUCCGAUAUCGAUGGCCUCCAUGGGUUCUACGUUGGUCAAGCUCGCAACCCGCGGCCAGCCCUGCGAGUAAUCCACGUACAACAAGCCCCGUGGGCUACCCGAUUUCUCUUGCGCAAGUUCCAGAUCGAUCCCAAGGACGACCUCGUAGGAACCACGUUCGGGCGCUGGGCGAGAUUCGAGAAGCCGAAGACAAGAGGUCAAGGAACGUCGGCAAAGCCCGUCCUGAGUGGGAAAACAUUCCGGGCGCAGAGGGAUCCAUGGAGGGGCAUAUCGCGAUCCGCAUUCGGGCUCGAUUAUCUCAAACACUAUGAGAAGGAGAAAAUUACAGAGACACCAGCGAAUCAGGGGCUGAAGAUGAUGGAGUUGAAUCAUUUCGAUGCACAAGAUAAUCCUGCGUAUGGGUACGAUGUAUAUGCGCAGCGUCUCUCGGUCUAUGUGCAACUGAGCGAUGGAGAGCCUGGGCUCGACGAUCUAGACAUCAAGAACCCGUACGAAGAGGAAGAAACGGAGCAUGAGAGGUUGAAGCGCGAGUACGGCCCUUCUGAGGAGGUUCGCCAUCAUGAACGCCACAUGCCCAAGCUUGAGAGCUUGGAUAAUGGCAGCACGAUCAUCAUCUUCGAGCAUGCGCAGUCGGGCUCUGUCUUCGAUACCCUCAUUGGGGCUCGUCAGGAGAUCGAGCAACGUUGGCGCCGUUUGACGUUCUAUCUCCCUCGCGAAGAUACUUCCGAUGACGAACGGUUAGCCAUUGAAUGCAUGGACUUUAUUCUGCGCGAUAUUUUCAAAGCCCUCGCGUUCAAUUGGGAGAAAUAUAUCAGCAUUUGUGAGACUCACAUCUCAAUUCUAGAGGAUAAAAUAUAUGACAAUCCCGCCGAUGAGUCCCGUGCACCCGAACUAUGGACGAACUCCAGUCUGUGGUUGAAGGUCGAACGCCUGGUCAACAUUCAUACAGACAUAGUGAAGGAAAUGGCUCUGCAUUUGCGUCAGGUUGCGCAUGAGAGUCCGUACGAAUCGUCUGAUGAUCCGUGGCUUGCAGGCUCCGCUCUGGAACUCGAGAAGGUUUCACGAGCCUUCCAAAGCGGCGUAGUUCAGCCGACGGCGAGUCUCUCCGAUCUCAUGUACAAAAGCGUAGGCAUUCGGGAUGCACGACACUCGCUUCAGCUCGGCCUGUCCAUGUAUAGGCUCUCAUGGAUCACCUUCCUCUGCCUCCCUCUUACGGUCAUCACCGGAUUCUUCGGCAUGAAUGUGGACACUUUCGAGGGCAAUCCCAGCAUCAAAUGGUUUUUCAUAACCGCCGUUCCCGUCUUCUCCGUCGUCCUUUGCAGUUGGUACAUCUUCAAGCACAGUCUUACCUCUGGGUACCAGAACCCCCUCCGAAGGGGCGUCUAUGAGACGCUGUUCUACGAUCUCUCAGAAGCUCAUCCCGCGCUGUGGACGAGGCGAGGUCCGAAAGAAGGGGUUGUGCCAGUAGGGUUCUGGAGCGCCAUGCGCUGGCGCAUCAUUACGAAGUGGUUUGAUCCUCAGCGUACGAUUGCUGUCAAAGACCAGGACCAUGCCAUUGAGGAACUCGGCGUUUGGAGCCGGUUGAAACACUUUCUGGUUAAGCGGUGGCUCAGCGAUAUGACCGUCAUGCCUGCCACUGCAGCUGUAACCUACGCCGCCAGCGAGGAUCUCGAAGCAGCGACUGUGGUGAAGAGUUCGGGUGGUGCAGUGGGGGAGCUGCUGCAGAUGGCUACCCCGAUUGGGCUCGCGGGAAUGAAUCCCACGGCUGCGAAUAGCAUCAGGCAUCGGCUUCCGCUUACUAGGUAUAGGAGCCCGAGUCCCGAGAAAAGUGGACGGGUGCAGCAGAGUGUUGAUGCAGCGGAAAGGACAGCGGGGGUGGACGUUAGCGAGGUUAUGGUCGAGGAGAAGAGUGAGGAUGAGCUGAGCGGAGAUGGGGGGUUAGGUAUUCGGUAG